UCAAAGUCUUUUUUACCUCCAUUUCGACAGUCGGGUGUGUCGAAGACUACUAUAAAGCACAUCAAAAUGGCGGCGGUUAGGUGGUUUCUAAUAAUUGUUCUUUUUCAGUUAGUUUGUUCUGAAAGUGCACUAAAAGCUCCAAGAAGACCUCAAGCCGCAGAAAGACCAAAGUUUUAUGUACCAGUGAACCCAGCUGAACUUGAGAUACUCCGCAAGCAACUCAUGUACCCAUAUGAUAGACAUGACUUUGUAGAUAUUACAGCUGGAAAAUCCUACAUAGAUAUAGGUUUAAAGUUCCGUCUUCCUUAUUUUGGGUUUGCAUAUCAUUACAUAAUGAUUCAUAUGGAUGGUUAUGCGGCUUUCAACACUGGCCCACGAACUUUGACCUUCCCCAUCAAGUUUCCUUUACAGAUAACCGAUACUCAUCGAGAGAAAGAUCCUUCAUUGAUUGCUCCAUGGUUAAGUUUACAAGACAUUGCUACUGAAGCCGGUGAUGAUGCUGGACUGUACUUUCGAGAGAUCAGCAUCGAGCAGGAGAAUAAUGGUACUUUGAAAGAACGGAUUAUUCGUGACUUCAAGGAAGGAAUGAUCGGAGCUAAUGACUUUUAUCCUAAACACUGUGUCAUUGUUACUUGGAAAAAUAUGACCUGGCAAGGAUAUACCAAAGCACAGGCCACUCAACUUAAGACUAACACGUAUCAGAUGGUCAUUGCGACAGAUGAAGUAAGGACAUAUGUGAUGUUCAACUAUGAAAAAAUUGAAUGGAUCACUCAUACAGAUAAAAAUGAAGGAACUAAGGGCGAUGGCGGAGUUUAUUCUUACGUUGGAUUUAAUGCUGGAAAUACAACCAGAACUUUUGAAUUCCGCCCUUUUUCACAAGAUCCAAGGAUCGCUACACUAGUGAAUGAAGGAUAUGGAAAUGGUUUGAAUGGGCGCUACGUUUUCCAGGUGGAUGAGGAAAUUUGGCCUGGUGCUUGUGUAAACAGGGAACUUGACCCUAACUGGAAAGAACGAGUUAGGUUGACCUUUUUCCCGCGUUAUGGGAACAUGCUGGGAGGUACAAUGGUGAACGUAACAGGCCCUUGUUUAAAACCCAACUCUGUAAUUACCUGCAAAUUUGAUAUCACUGAAGUUGAGGGGGUUUAUCAGAGCCCCAAUCAUGCCACAUGUAUCAGUCCAGUAGUCAUGUUUCAUGGUUAUGUAGACUUGGCAGUUCAAACAGACGGCAAGGGUUACUACUAUUCUAAUCGCUACUAUGUCCAGCCCCCUAACAGUGUAGCUCCAGAUGUUCAAAUCCUUAAUAAAGAAAUAGUGGAGGUGCAGCCUGAAUCCUUAACUUUGAAAUGGGAAUCAGCGAAACUUAGUUGGCAAUCAAAAGCUUCAGUUUCUCUUCAUCUUUGGGGUUUUGAAGAGAACGAUCAAGAGCCUUCUUUAACUUAUAUAUCGCAACUAAACGACGGUGAGACCAUUUUAAAUGACCAAGGAAAACGGUACAUUAUGGAAACAUCUAAGUUCGAAAACAGAAGAGACUAUGGCAAACUGAGAUUAACUUUUGGUCUCAUUAGUGUGAACCUCACAGACGCAGCUUUCCUGGAUCGUAAAUUCAGAUCUUCGCCAGUUCUCUGGAGUAAUCCAGUUCCACUAGCCUGGUAUUUCUAUCACCAAUGGAGGCGCGAAUGGGGCAGUUCAUGGAAAAAUUACAUGUGUGAACAAUGGUACUUGAACGAGAAAUACAGUGAUCGUUUUGCAACUACCAACUUCCGUUGUCCGUGUACCCUUACACAAGCAGAACUGGACCGUGGACGGUUUUCACCAGAUACUCAGUGUAACGUCAUCAACAAGAACUGCGAAGUUUUCCAUAACGGAGCUCAGCACUGUGUUCGAUCAGGACGGCCCUCGAUUGGAGGUUCUGGUCAAAUGUGCUGUUAUGACGACCAGGAGGAAUUGAUGCAAACAGCGGAUACAAUGUACGGCGGUAGACCCUCUCGAUCUUUUGUCUAUGGAAAACACCCAUACAAAUGGCGUAUGUAUAUCCCUAUACUUUCUAACUGGCUGCACGACGUAAUGCCUUUCUUCUACUGUUGUAAGUGGGCUGAUAGACAAGAAAAUUCUGAAACGUGCGACAUGUACAACUACUGGAGAACUUCUCAGGACUGUUCCGCAUAUCAGCCUCCAGGUGUUGCCAGCGUCUAUGGUGAUCCUCAUUUUCUUACGUUUGACCGUGUGAAUUACACCUUCAAUGGGAAAGGGGAAUUCGUGUUAGUCCAUGUGGAUAACCCUUUACAUAAGCUACACAUACAAGGAAGAUUUGAACAAGUUCCUAGGCCUUCUUUAAAUGACAAAAUGAUCAAUGGAACCUAUCUUACCGCUAUUUCUGCUAUGGACAAUGUAUCUUCAAUUGUGGAGUUCCGUAUUCGUCCAGAUGCCGCUAGGUGGCGGUACCACAUGUAUAUUUUAGUGGACAAAGAGUAUGUAUUUUUUUGGGAUGACUCGAUGAGAAUCCAAAACUUUAAAGGUGUAACCUUGUACCAGCCAGCAGGAAUCACCAACAUGUCACACAUCGUAGCAAUGUUCGAUUCGGGUGCUGGAGUGGAAGUUCUUUCUGAUAACGGCUUCAUGACGGCGCACGUUUACCUACCCGUCAGCUUCAGGAAUAUUACAGGAGGGUUAUUAGGCAAGUGGUCUCUUGAUGUAGUAGACGAAUUUACAGGACCAGAUGGAGAAGUUUUGAUACAAGGGGGUGAUAAAGUAUCAACAGAAGCAAUUAAUCGACUAUUCGGAAAUAGAUGGAGACUAGCAGAAACUGAAAAGAAAAACAUCGGUAAGUCGUUAUUCCACCAUGACGCCUUCUCAUUUUCUCAUUACGACGACCAACAAGGCUACACUCCAGAAGUUAGAGAAUCUUUGGACAUACUUACGAACAUCAGUUUGGAUAAGAUCAACAUGGUAUGCUCCAGCUCUGCACCGUGUAUUUACGACUAUAAAGUUACAGGAAACGAGGUUUUCGCGAAGAUGACAAAGAAACAUGAAGCGAUGGCGUACCAGCUGAAGACUGAUUCUAGUGUCAUUCGUUGCCCUGCGCUUCCUAGACCAAUAAACGGAAGGAAGACAGAUAACACCUACAAGCCUGGAGGUAUAGUUCGAUUUUCCUGUGAUGAAGGAUACCGAUUGGUUGGUUACGAGGUACGACAAUGUAUGUCCAACGGCCUAUGGUCCUGGGGAGACGACCCGGAAUGUAUCAGUAAUCAGGAGUACAAACGCCGCAUUGCUGGUAUAACAGUGGGGAUCAUCGUACCAAUUUUGCUCAUUCUGAUCCUUGUAGUGGUUUGUUUCAUUCGCCACCGCAAGCAGUCCGAUUCACAUUAUACAAGAGAGAGUGGAAGGCCAGCAAGGAACGUGGAAGUGAAGACUCCAUACACCAAAAACUCAGUUGAAACAGAAACUUGAACUGUUUUAGAUUCAGCCUAUUAAAAUAGUGUUUUACAAGGUUAACUUAAGUGUAUUGUUUCUAACUGGGUUCUUGAGAGCUGUUUGAAGUUCUCAUAGCGAUCAUGUACAUCCAAAGUUUUGAUUGACUAAAAAGACUGAUGACUGUGUAUAAGAUUAUUGUGUUAAAUUUGAUCAUUAAAUGUAACCCCAGUAACUAUGAGGUAUCAGCUUGUGUUGCAUACUUUGUUAUUGUUGAUAUUUGAUAAUCAAACCAAAUAAGGUAGUUUUAUAAUAAAUUACUGACCAUUAAUUUCUUGUCGUUGUUUGUAUGGGCAGUUUUAAUAUUCUUUUUUAAUGUAUGUUAUGUUGCUUAAAGAUAUUUCAUACUCUUAAUAUCUGGUAAAACAAAAUGCUGAAAAAAAACCUUGUAUGUAUGCUAGAAAAACAAUAUUACGUUCACAUCAGGUUUUUGUAAUCAUUUUUCUAUUUCAUCUACUUUCGAUGUAUUUGUGCGUGUGUGUGAAAUAAAGUAGUCCAGUUUUUA